AGCCAACAAAUUUAUUCACUUUACCAAUUUGCAGCUUCUUAAAAUGAAUCUUUAUUCGGUAUAAAACAGUUGUAUAAAAUGCAACGAUUCUUACAUAUACGUGCAAAUUUGGAGGCCAUAUGCGUGCAUGUGGCAAAAACGUUAUUGGCUUGUAUGAUUUCAUAUGAUUUCAUAACGAACGAUAUAUAACUUUGUUUACAACUUCAUGUUGUAUCUUAUGUAACUUCAUGAGCACCAAUAUAUAACUUUGAAUGGUAACUUAUGUAACUUUAAAAAUACAUUUCUAAAAUACCUUGUUUGCCUUAAGCAAUAAAAAAUGCAUGACUUCCUAAUCCUAUACCUAUAUAAUAGUAAAAUAGAUUGAGAAUUAAUUAUCAAAAACGGAUAAUUUUCAAAUACAUGAAAUUUGGAUCGCCGAUGAUAUAGCUAGGAAUGGUUUAUUAUGUUUGCUUAAAUUUAUUAUUUAUUUACUUAAAUUAUAAUUACCUGUUUCCAUUUUUGAUCCCUCAUUCUUCUGAUUCAUAGUUCUGAUCCGAUCCUUGAUGCCACACAAUCACUUACAUUGCGAGCAACAAAUUUCUAAUUACAUUAAAAAAGGAGUUGUAAAUAAUCGAAACCAACUUGGAAUGGAUUGUUAUACAAUCUCAUUUCGUUGAUAUUUGCAACAUGCCUAGUAAUUUUUUUUUCGCAUUAUAUGUGAUUCUACGCGAUUCAUAUAUAAUCUCAAAUACACAUUUAAGUGACUUGAAUUGAACAUCACAGAUUUCUGCAAACAUGGGUCCCAGAUACACGGCAGUGUAUUAUAUACCAUGUGAUUAGAAUUUAAAUUUGAAAAAUUUUACAUCUGCGAUGCCAGUUGUAAAUAUAAAAAAUGUUUCAAAAUCCCUCCAUGUUAUUUUCCUUUAUGUUAAAAAAUAGCAAAUACUUGAAAGUUUUAAUUAUAUUUAUUAAAACAUCAUAUAAAUUGAAUGUAAACUAUUAAAAAAACUGGCCGCACUGCACUCAUCAGCUCUCACCACCAGUCAAAACAUAAACAAAACUAGAUCUGAUUUAAGUGCCGUCGAUUUUGUGUACCGUCGUUUUCAGUUGAUACAGAAAUGUUCGGAGUGGUGCAGUUUUUAGAAAACGGCCGGUUGCAGGUUCUGGCUGUUCCCAUGAGCUGGAUGAAAGGAGGAUUUCUCAUGUGGCCAAAAGCAAUCGGCAACGAUAAAAUUGAGAAAAUGAGGAUGGAUGGCACAGCUUUCCAUGGAUCCACAAAGUCCAUACCGGCAAUGAUCACCAGAAAGUUCCGCAAUUUUAGAUCGGCUGAAGCGGCAGUAGAGGAACUCUCCAGAAAAGAUGUCUCUGAUUUUGAGGGCAAAAAGAAGAUGCUUAAGACUGCAAAACGAAAGAAACCAGUGGCUAAAUUGGCUGAUUUGAAUGAUCUAUGCGCAGCUAUUAUUGAAAAACAGCAGCCAGUCUCAGGCUCGGCGUCUUCAAACAUUUCUGCGAUAAAAGUGCCAUCUCAGCAAGCCCAGGAUUUUAAAAGGCCACAAGCAUCAACCUCGGCAUCAACAUCAUUUACGUCUUCCGUGGCACCUGAAGCACCACCGGUAGUUAUCGAAAUCGAUCCAGUGUUGUUGAAUACGCAAUCCAUGAAUCGGUCAGAUGUUGUGCAAUACCAAACGUUUCCGGAAGCCUCGCAUUUUGAAGGAGAAUCGCUGACUGCAACUAAUCUGUCAGAUCACAAACUAUACGACGCCCAUGCGAUAAACCAGUCCAGUGUCCUAUUUGAGGAACAACCUGAGCGAGAUACAGUAGGACCACUGAACGAAACUGUCACUGAUAUUGAUGCACUUAUUCGACAAGCAGUUUUUGAUUCCGUGAAUGAAGUCGUUCCUGUUGCAAUCGAUUCGUAUUUGGGCAAAGCAAUUGAGAAAGCUGUAGAGCAAGCAGUAUCCAAGGUAGUCGAGAGAGCUGUUGAUCAAGCGGUAGCUAAAGCUGUCGACAAAUGUUUUGAGUCCAAUUUUGCACGGCUAGCGGCUAUGUUUGAAGUGAUGGACAAAGACAAAACCAAAAGUUCUUCAACCAACGAUGAAGUCAUGAUCGAGAAACGCACCCUUAUCGACUCAGAGGAGGACGUUGACCAAUUGAAUAUCGAUUUGAGAGAUGACGUUCUACAAAGCAAGUUUUUGGAAUAUUUCUCUCGUAUCAUUGUGCCAAAUUCAUUCGCUGGAAAAGGAGACAAUGCCUGCUACAUAAUUGCUGAUUGUCUUUUUACAAGGCAAUUUUGGAAUAAGUUCACGUGGACUGGAGUAAACCGGGGAGAAAAAUGCAAACGUGGAUUUCGCGAGUUUGGAAACGUGACAGAGCUCAUUUUGAGUAUUGAGUGCAAAUUGGAGAUCCUUCGUACACAAGAAAAGAUUUGGAGAAAUUUUGCAAAACUCGUCUAUUCAGGCACUCCAAAACGCGAGCAAAGAGCAAAGUGA